GCCGCGAUGGCCAACCAACUGGACGCCAAUGUCAAGGACGACCUGAAGACGCAGUUCGUCACACGCGAGGGCACCUACCGGCUGCUGACCCUCUCCGAAUACUCGCGACCCAACCGGGUCGGCUACAGCAGCAACCAGAACUCUCCGCAGGUCCGGGUCUCCAUAGUCACGCUCCCUAAUCCGGGGAAGGUGGCAACAGAGGCAGGCUCGCCAACAGGAGGAACAGGCUCGGCAGGAGGGGCGACAGGAACAGCGGGAGCGGCUACCACAACGAAUGGUACCUCGCCGGCGUCAUCGCCAACCGGGGCAGCAACCGGAGGAGGAGGAGGAAACUUGUCUAAUGGUGGCGCCGGCGGGGACAACAACUACAGCAACAAUAACAAUAACAGCAGCGGCGGAGGAGGAACCAGCACUGUGGAUGCCCGCCUGGGCGGUGGAAUCUCCAUGCACUCGAUGAUGAACGGCAGUGUAAUUGACCAGAACGGAGUGGCCACCAAUCCGAUUGUGGGCGGAGACCGCAUCUGUUUCAACUUUGGCCGGGAUCUUUAUGUCUACUCGUUUCGCGGUGCCAAAAAGGGCACCGAGAUGAGCAAGCCGAUUGAUAAGAAGUUCUACAAGGGCACCAAUCCCAGUUGUCAUGACUUCAACGCGAGCGCGGCCACGCCCACGGGCGCGCCUCUUCUAGUGGGCUUCACCACGGGUCAGAUCCAGCUCGUAUCCCCGCAAGUGGGCCCUAGGGAGGUGCGGAAGCUAUUCAACGAGGAGCGACUGAUCGACAAGACCAAAGUGACCUGCCUAAAGUGGUUGCCCAACUCGCCGCACCUGUUCCUCGCCGCGCACGCCUCGGGUCACCUGUACCUGUACAACGAGGAGCUACCCUGCGCCGCCACCGCGCCUAGCUACCAGCCCUUCAAGCUGGGCGACGGCUACACGAUACUCACCUGCAAGGCCAAGUCCACCCGGAAUCCGCUUUACAAGUGGGUUUUCAGCACCGACAACUGCUGUGUCAACGAGUUCUGCUUCUCGCCCUGCGGCUCCCACCUGGCGGUCGUCUCCCAGGACGGUUUCCUGCGCGUCUUUCACUACGACACGAUGGAGCUACUGGGUAUAGCUCGUUCCUAUUUCGGCGGCUUCCUGUGCGUUUGCUGGUCACCCGACGGAAAGUACAUUGUGGUGGGCGGCGAGGACGACCUGGUAACCGUGUGGUCUUUACAGGAGCGCAGGGUAGUGGCCCGCGGACAGGGCCAUCGCUCCUGGGUCUCGGUGGUGGCAUUCGACCCGUAUACCACAUCGUACACCAAUUGGGAUGGCGGUGAUUUUAGUGACGACGAAAAUCCGACUAAUGAGUACACCAACUCGCGAGAGGCACGCUUUUCUGCAGAUUCGACGGCCAAUGGGUUCGAAGGAUUCGACCGAAACUCUACGCCUGUGCAUGCAUCACGGAAUCGACCGCAUUCCGCUUCUUUCCGAUCCGACGCCUCGUCGGCCGACAAAUUGGCUAUUAGCUACAGACUGGGAUCCGUAAGCCAAGACACACAGAUUUGUUUGUGGGACAUCACGGAAGACGUGUUGAGGCAUCCACUGGCUCUCAGGCAAAGAGUAAACAGUGAAAGGGCGUACGUGAACGGCGGUCUGGACGGCGAAACGGAUCCAGAGGCGGAUGGCAUUAAGGUGAUUCGGCCGGUGGCCAUGGGACAGGCUGGUUCCGGAAGCUGCAGUCCUAUCAGGGAAACGGCUGGCGGCGUCGGAGCUGCUGGCAACGGAAACGGUGCCGGGGAGAAUAGCAAUAGCAGUUCCAGUAAGUUCUCCACCGCCAACUGCACGAUAUCAUCGCAAUCAUCGCCGGACGAUUGCGACACAGAGGCAGCGACUCCCGCCUCCACGUCCUCGAAUGCAGUAGCAGUGUCGGGAACGACAGCGGCAGCCACAACCUCUUCGAAACCGAAUAGCCGGAACCACGGCACGGGUAACUCAAUUAAAUUCCCCAAUUGUAUCAGUGCCACGAAGUCCGACAGUAUCGAUGGAGGCGGAAGUGCAGGUCAGCGGACAUCACAGCCCACAUCUGGGUAUAACAGCAAAAACUCCAAUAGCUCGAACAAGUCCUCCAGCUCUGGUAGCUUCAGCGCCUUCAACAGUCUGACGCAGCGGCUCUCGAACUUUAGUUUCCUGAGCAGCUCAGACAAGAAGGCAGCCGGAUACGAAGGCAGUCACUCCACGGCGCACCGCCAACACCGCAAAGCAAUGAGCAUGCUGAAGAGCUACAAUCAACACAAUCACAGCGGGAACCACAGUCAGAGCAACCACAGCAGCUCAUCCAACUUCGGUCAAGCAAGCAAUCUGGAAUCGGGCAUAGGGAGCAGUACGACGGCGCACAGUUUUGGUUCGCUGAAGAUGAGCAAGUCGUCGCACCACUCGUCGCUGGCCGCAGCCGGGCAUAUAGCUGGAGCGGGGACGGGCGCGGGAGUGAGUAGCUUCGAUCCCAUGCAGCUAAUCGGCACACCCGCCUGCCCGCGCUUCGACGAGUGCCCGCUGCUGGAACCGCUGGUCUGCAAGAAGAUCGCCCACGAGAGGCUGACGGCGUUGAUAUUUCGCGAGGACUGUUUUCUGACGGCGUGCCAGGAUGGGUUCAUCUAUACGUGGGCGCGGCCAGGCCACGCAACGAACGCCACUCAGCACUUGUCACCUGGCCAAACAGUGGCGCCCGGGGGGACGGUAAUUUAGUUUAAUAGAGUGGACAUUGUCAACUAUCAGCGUAAUCUUGUCAAGCAGCAGCAGCAGCAGGUUCAGGAGGAGCGGCAGAAGCAGUCGGUGAUCUAGGUUAAAACUAGGCGAUUGAUUUCGAUAAUUUAUAUUGAUAGGAGCAAGCAAGAGUUUUAAAGGUUUUUUAUGUUGCGUAUUUUGUAUUCCAAAUGUAGCCUAAAUGAGUUUAUGAACCACACACAGACACAGACACACACUGGUACCCAUAUAUAUAUAUACAUAUAUAUACAAUAUAUAGCUAUGUAAAACAUAACUACGAUCUAUACGCAGCAUCAGGCAACAGAACAAACGUAUAUGUAUGUUUAACUCUAAAUUAUUAGUCGUAAAUGUAUUAUUUUUUUAGUACGUGGAAUUUGUUGAAAACAAAGCAAAGCAUGUUUAUAACUAUUUACUAAGCGCUAGCCUACACUACACAUAAUAAAAUAAAGCAAAGAACGAAGAAGCGAACUGCAUUAGCAAACUAAACACAAAAAUUAAAUGAAACAGAAACAGAAUCAAACGAUCGAUAUAAAGGGAAUAAGAGUCAGAAGCUAAGCUAGCGAAUUUGUGCGAGGAGAGCGUUUGUGCGUUUUUCACAUUGUGCUAUGUACUGAGUUGCAGUUGAGGCCCCAACUAACCAACGACGAACUAUCUAACUAUUUAAACUCACGAAACUAACCUAAACUGUAGGAACUGUUAUCAUUACUAUUACUAUGGAUUCGUAUGCCUUUUAUAUUUUGAUGCAAGCAAGCCGAGUGCAACGUUUUAGCAUGCAAACAACAACCAAACAAAUUAGACUAAAUGCAGGCAGGAAACUGAUAAGACAACUCCAAUAUGAGUCCACAGACCCGAAAACGCAACCAUAAACCUUUCGUACUGGCAGACACUCACAUAUAUUUUAUUAUGAACCAGGAGAAACUAGCAACAAACUGCGCGGUUAGCCAAUAAGUUAACGACGAGCAGAGCCAGCAAACAACCAACCAAGAACACGUUACCGUAAAAAGAGACUAAAAUUUCAAUAAAAUUAUAUAAAAAAUCAUCCAAA